CGUUCUCCCCCGCGCCCGCCGUCGCACCCCGCCCGAGCUCUCGAAGUGCCCGUCCCGCCGCCCCCGCCGUUUGCCCAACCCCGAGCGCGAGCCGCCAUUGCGGUCGCGGUCGCGCUGCUUCCACCCCCGUCUGUCGUUUGCCCAUUGCCGAGCGGUUGCCGCCAAUGCGGUUUCGCUCGGCGCAGCUUCCACCCUCGCCCCUACCGUCACAUCCCGCCCCGAGCACUUACCCCGCCGCCUCAAGCUUUCUCCCCCCGCGCCCGCUAUUCGCCCAGCACCGAACGCGAGCCGCCAACGCGGUCGCGCUCGGCGUCGCCUCCCCCGUCACGCCCUCUUUCGCCCAACGCCGAGUGCGAGCCGCCAACACGGCCUCGCUCGGCGCAGCUUCCCGCCCCUGUCACCUGCCCCAUCCACGAGUGCAAGCCGCCAAUGCGGUCGCGCUCGGCGCCGCUUCUACCCCUGCGCCCGUCAUUUGCCCAGCACAGAACGCGAGCCGCCAACGCGGUCACGCUCGGCGUCGCCUCCUCCGUCGGGCCCUCUUUCGCCCAAUGCCGUGUGCAAGUCGCUAACGCGGCCUCGCUUGGCGCAGCUUCCACCCGCCCCUGUCGCCUGCUCAGCGUUUGCGCUCGGCGCAGCUUCCUCCCCCCGCGCUCACCUGUCGCCCAGUCCCGAUUGCGAGCCGCCAACGCGGUCGCGCUCGGCGCAGCUUCCUUCACCUCCCGUUCGCCCAGCCCGGAGCGCGAACUGCCUACGUGGUUUCGCUCAGCGUAUCCACUGCGCCAAAGCGCCCACCUCCAGGGUGCCAAUGCGUUCGACAUCUGCUGCGCCAACGCGCUCGCUUCUGCCCGAGCCCGCGUGUUUGUCCUGGAGUGCGCCAAUGCGCUCGCGCCUCCCUGCGCCUGCUCGCCUGCCCCCGGAUUUGCCAUCGCGCCCCUCUUGGAUCCGCAGCACUCGAUGGCCAACACAUCCGCCUUCAACUGCGUCAAUGCGGCCACCUCCGCUGCGCCAAUGCGCCUGAUGUUCGCUGCGCCAACGCGCUUGCUCCGGACUGCGCCCAGCCCGCCGCCUCGCCAGACUGCCAACGCGCCUGCCACUAGCUUACCAACACUACCGUUCCUGGCUGCGGCGACACACCGCACUCGAUGGCCAGUGCAACUUCGGUACUGGCGCGUACAAUCGAAGCGCAAACUUGCACGUUUCAUGAUCCGGGCACGGUGCAUUCGCCAUCCCCCACCCGGCGCACCCGUGCUUGACCCCACCUUGCCUUCUGUGCUGGACUCUGGGGCGCCGUCGUGCUCCUUCCCGCCUCGCCGCCGUGCUUGA